UCCUCUUCCCUUCACCAUCAACGAUCUUCAUCAAACCCAUAUCCCCUUUUUGAACAACCUCACACUUACCCCCCACAAUCUACACCAUCUUUUCCAAUAACCUCACACUUACCCCCACCAUCUAUUUUAAAAUGAAGUACUUCAAGAACCUCUUCCUAGCCCUUAUCAGUCUCGCUUUUGUGGCUACCACCAUCGCCCUCCCUGUUGAAGAUGGCGAAGCCUCCGAGCCGUUCGACGAAGCGAAGUUCAACGAAGUUGCUCUCAAGGCUUACAACGAGAUGGUUCCCUUUGAGGGAAUGUAUGACGCUCUUAUGCUCCCCGAGGGUUUCGACUACAAGCCGUUCGAAUUGCAGGACGAGGAGAGCAUCGAACUCCGCAAGCACUUCCCCAACGCUUCCAUCCCCAUCGUCGACCCCGGCGAGCACGUCGGAAUCCGGUACACCCCCUCGGUGGAGCCCGACGCCAAAUCCGGUAGGGCCGACAAAAUCGUCGAGUGGCACGUCUGCGAGACUUCCGAUGCCUCCCCGUGGUGGCAGGGCAUCCAGAAGAACAUCGAGUACCUCAACAGCAUCAAGAACAACUGGUGUUGUCUGGAGUGGCCCUCGCCAAACGGAUGCCAGCUGCUACAUCGCACCUGGCGCCAAUCUGGAUAUCAUGAUCAACUGUCGUAA